AGGCCACUCCACAUAUCCCACGCAAAUCUCUGAGAUGAAACGCCCCCACGACUGGAACAAACUGUUCCCUUACUGCUGGGCCAUCGUAGCCCUCAUACUCUUCUCCACCGGGAUUGUUGGCUUCCUUGGUUACGGGUCGGCUACCAAGGAUAUCAUCUUCCUGUCCAUGGCACCUGACAAUGGCAUCAGCACCACCGCCGCCGUGUUCUUCUUACUGUAUGGCUUAUAUACCAUUCCACUUUGGAUUAACGUUUUAUUCCAGACGUUUGAACGCCGCUGGGGUAUCCCCACACACACACAUCGCGGCGAACGGGUGUGCAUGUGCGGAUUGUCUUUGAAUCCGUUCGUCGCACGGCUCAUGUUCCGAACUUCCAUCCUCGCAGCUCAACUAACCAUCGCCCUAGCCAUUCCCUAUUCUUUUGGGUACCUACAGGCCCUGGUGGGGUCGUGCGCUAUAGCGCUGGGGACCUUUAUCCUCCCCGCAAUCAUGUACCGACACUUUAAGAGGAAGCAGCUGGGUAUGCGGUCGCUGGGAGGCUUGUACUUUAUUAUGUUGGUGGGUGGGGUGAUACUGGUGUGUGGGACCAUUGUGGCGAUCAUCAAUAUCGUUAACCAUAUCAGCGAAUAUUCUCUGUUCGGGGGCUUUUAGAACAGGGCAGUCGCCUCGGGCAAGGCAGGGCAGUCGCCUCGGGCAAGGC